GGGGGCCGGACAGCGCGGCGGUGCGGACUGCGCGGCGGAGCAGCCAGCAGCGCGGCGCCCAGAGCGCGGGCCGCCCGCGGAGCCCCAGCCGAGCCGAGCCGAGCCGAGCCGGGCCCGGAGCGCCGGGUCCCAGCGCCCGCAGCCAUGCCGGCCGGCCGCGCCGCGCGCACCUGUGCGCUGCUUGCCCUCUGCUUCUUGGGCAGCGGGGCCCAGGAUUUCGGGCCGACGCGCUUCAUCUGCACCUCGGUGCCCGUGGACGCCGACAUGUGCGCCGCGUCCGUGGCCGCCGGCGGCGCCGAGGAGCUCCGGAGCAACGUGCUGCAGCUCCGAGAGACCGUUUUGCAGCAGAAGGAGACCAUCCUGAGCCAGAAGGAGACCAUCCGCGAGCUGACCACCAAGCUGGGUCGCUGCGAGAGCCAGAGCACCCUGGACGCGAGCGCGGGCGAGGCGCGGACCGGCGGCGGCCGCAAGCAGCCCGGCUCGGGCAAGAACACCAUGGGCGACCUGUCUCGGACGCCGGCCGCUGAGACGCUCAGCCAACUCGGGCAAACUUUGCAGUCGCUCAAAACCCGCCUGGAGAACCUCGAGCAGUACAGCCGGCUCAAUUCCUCCAGCCAGACCAACAGUCUCAAGGAUCUGCUGCAGAGCAAGAUCGAUGACCUGGAGAGGCAGGUGCUGUCUCGGGUGAACACUCUGGAGGAGGGCAAAGGGGGCCCCAAAAACGACACCGAGGAAAGAGUCAAGAUCGAAAGCGCCCUGACUUCCCUGCACCAGCGGAUCAGCGAGCUCGAGAAAGGUCAGAAGGACAACCGCCCUGGAGAUAAGUUCCAGCUCACAUUCCCACUGCGGACCAACUACAUGUACGCCAAGGUGAAGAAGAGCCUGCCGGAGAUGUACGCCUUCACAGUGUGCAUGUGGCUCAAGUCCAGUGCGGCGCCGGGGGUGGGCACGCCCUUCUCCUAUGCCGUGCCCGGCCAGGCCAAUGAGCUGGUCCUCAUUGAGUGGGGCAACAACCCCAUGGAGAUCCUCAUCAACGACAAGGUGGCUAAGCUGCCCUUUGUAAUCAAUGACGGCAAGUGGCACCACAUCUGUAUCACCUGGACCACCCGGGAUGGGGUCUGGGAAGCCUACCAGGAUGGCACCCAGGGCGGCAACGGCGAGAACCUAGCACCUUAUCACCCCAUCAAGCCACAAGGCGUGCUGGUGCUGGGCCAGGAGCAGGACACUCUGGGUGGCGGGUUUGAUGCCACCCAAGCGUUUGUGGGCGAGCUGGCCCAUUUCAACAUCUGGGACCGCAAGCUGACCCCGGGGGAGGUGUACAACCUGGCCACCUGCAGCACCAAGGCCCUUUCCGGCAACGUCAUCGCCUGGGCCGAGUCCCACAUCGAGAUCUACGGCGGAGCCACCAAGUGGACAUUCGAAGCCUGUCGCCAGAUCAACUGAGGCCUGGGGCUGGGCUGAGCCUCCGGGUCCCCGGGUCCCCGGGUCCCCAGCCCCCGCCCGCCUCCCCCUGCUUGUGCGGUGAUGAUCCGUCGUCUCUUCUUCUCUCCCUUUCCCCCAGGAAUGACUCAAGGCCACCGCCCUCGCACAUGCGCACACGCACACAGCCUGGUCUCAUCCCUGUGCACGUGAGAAGCAGGCCCGGCUCCCAUCUGCCGCAGGUGUCCCCACUUCUCUCUAGGAGCCCGCACUGUUUCUCAGGCAUGCCCCGUUCACCACCAACACUGGCGGCUGAGACAUUCUGAAAAAUGCACACGUAGGUGAGAGGACUCGUGUGUGAGUGUGACUCUGUGUGUGUGUGUCUACAAGGAUCUGUCUCUCGGGGGAGGCCUUCUCUUUUAAAAUGAGAUAUUCCUUUUCUUCUUUCUCUGUGGCUUUGGGAAGUCUCAUGACUGGUCUAAUCUCUGUACUUGCCAACUUUGGUGGCCGCCCGUGUGCCUUGGGGCUGGUGCAACUUCUCCUGCCAUGCGUUCAUCUUUGUUUGCAAACCUUUUUCAGAGCGACAUAUCUCUAUAUUGAUAGAAUAAAUAUCUUUUAGUGCUUUGUUAAAGGCUAGGGACCUCUCCAAGGAGAAUUUGUAUUUUGUCGUAGAAGUAAAUUCUCUCUGAAGGGUUGAAGGCAGACUGUGUCCUGCGAUGGCACCACAUGCUGGGAGGGGGCAGAGGAGGUGGCACCAGCCUCAGGAGCCAGGCAUCCUGCUGUUGACCUCUGAGGACAGCACUGGGCCUGGGAGGCUGGCCUGCCCACCCAGCAUAGCCAGCUCUGGCCCAGUAUCCCAUCUGUAGCCCUCAGCCUUCCCACCUCCCCAAGCUCCCCUCCAGCGGCCAGCUAGUGACCCCAAGAGAGGAGCAUCCCACCCAUUGCCCAGGAAGCCAGGACCUCUGGUCCCUUCCCCUUGGCCUCUGGCAGUGGACGACCUGAGGCUUCAGUGGAUCAGCUGGAGAACAGAUCUUUUAGACCAGGAAACCCACACUCUGAUUGAGACCCAGCCAUGUAAGGCCACAGCCAGUCAAUGGGCCAGGUCUGUGGUAACUCUGACAGCCAUAUUCUUUACCCAGGCUGAGGCAAGUCCAGAGACCUCUCCAUAGAGAGCUAGGCAUGGCCAGGCUGGGGCCUGAAACCCACUCCCCAUCUUACAGAGCUCAAGUUCUGAUGCAGCCCCCAACCCGUCACCAGCUGGUGACAUUGACACCCAAUCAGUGUCCAGAAGCUUUGACAUUUUUUCUCCCCAUGAAAAACUAACAUGUGCGUCUCCUUCUAGUCCUUCCAAGGUGGGGAGAAAAGUGUGUGUGUGUGCGUGUGUACACGUACAUGUGUGUUGAAUGAGAGAGAGAAGAAGAGCACUCAGACGGAUCACGCCCAGGGGAGGGUGAGCUCCCUGCUUUGUUGCACCAUCUGGGGGUCGCACACCCAAGGGCCACCUGGACUCUAUCACCAAGAGUCUAAUUAGCAAAAGGCUGGCAAGUCUUUCUAGAAAUUCUACUGCACUGCCUGGCUCAUCUACAGCUGCAGACAUUUCUUCAGCAGGAGCAGGUGUUCUGUCUUCUGUUUUUUCCAGAGGCACCUGUCUCCUUAAACGCAGGUCCGUGUUGUGUCGGAAACCUAGUGCAUCUGUGUGUGUCUGUGUUGGUGUUUCUGUGUCGGUGUCUGCGUGGGUGUCUGCACGGUACCCAGUCGCCGUUCUGCAAUGCAUCACUCUCGUGCUGAGGGUGCGGCCCAGGCGCCGGGCUGCGUGUUGUGGUUCAACAGUGGCUUUUUUCUGAGACCAUCGUGCUUUGUCAGAGCCCGUCCGGCUGUGGCAUCUAUGGAUCUGCAGGGACCUUCUCGUUUGCAUGUUCCUCGGGGCGGUGUGUCCCUUGCUUCCUCAGUCUGGUGUGUGUUCCCCUGCCUGCAUGAACUUCUCUGGUUCUGUGUUGUGUGCCCAGUGCCACCCCUUGUUCUGUGACCAUCCAUGUAGCUACUGAAAAUGGCUGGGUAAGCAAGCCAAGGGUGUCGGAGGAGGUCACGGGAGAGACGGAGUCCCUCUCUCCCUCCCCACUCCCCAAACACACCAAGAAGUAUUUUUAACGUGUAGGUUGUAACAUCGCCUGUGGUUGGGACAGAGCGAGAGCUUGGAAUCCCCCUCUAGACCAGAUCAGCCCCACCCCUCACUUCAGCCAUCUCGGAGCUGUAGGCAAGGCCCAGAGUGUGCUAGGUGCUCUCCUUCGGCAUCUCCCACCAGCCCCUGCCGAUCUAGCGAUCUACCGGACCCCAGACCACCUUCUGCCCCAGUGGGCUCGGUGGGAGCUGUCCAUUUAGGACCACAAGCCAUCCUCUGCCCUAACUAAAGGUGGGCAGAGCACACCUGUGUCCCUUUGGCUUCCCCUCCCCGACCUGUUCACCCUCCUCGCCCCCCACCCCGAUGCACCCAUGGUGCCAGGGACAGAAGCUGAUGUUUAACUCCCUCCCCCGCCCCAACUGGAGCCUAUGCCAAGCCCCUGGCUCCCUCACUGUGUUAACACUUGGCACUUCGCCAGCCCCGAGAAAGGUAGAUGACACAGCCACAAAUCUAAUCCACAUAGUUUCCAUCUACUCCUUAAUCUGAUUGAUGUUCCCUCUUGCACUGAAUAAUACAUGCCUAUCUCAGGUAAGCCAUUUUAUAAAAUAAGGAGAUAAAAAAGCACUGUCGAGACAGUGUUUGCUUUUGCCGAGCUGGUGUCCCACAGCUCCCUGGGUGUCCGAGGCGGCAGAGCUACUGACAGAGGCUCUCCGGGCCCUCGAGGGCUUAGAGCCCACUUGAAUCGUAAGCCUUCUUGCUUUUGAUAACACAGUAUUAUUUCUCUUACUCUAGAAGAAAAAGUUUAUUACCAAAACAAGAGUAUUUUUAUGAAAGAAAAGGACAAACCUAUAAAUUAACUCAACCUAUAUUUCCCUUGAAAAUACUUUUCAGGCUCCGCCAAAACGUAGAACUGAAAGCAUGUAUUUUGGAAGAAAGAGAUACAUUUUGUAUGCUUUCUGUUCCUUUUGUAGAUUCACAGUUUAUUUUCUAAGACUACAAAGAUCACUUUGUCACCAGCCCUGGGACCUGAGACCAAGGGGGUGUCUUGUGGGGAGUGAAGGGGAAGGGAGAGGCUGGCAUGAGGGUCACAGUUGUUCCAAUGAGCUCCAGGGAGGGGCCACCUGUUCUCAAAGAUAUGUUGGGGACUGGAUAUGCUCUGGUCCUUGAUGGUGGCCCCUCUGUCUUGGAGCUGACUUGUCAAAUGGAAUGAGUAGAGGACUUGAUGGUCAGUUCCAAACCUGAUAGAAGAAACUAGGGUUCUGAAUUGUGAAGAUUAAGAAGAUGGUAUCCUUUGUAAUCUUAUGGCAACCAAAACGUGGCUUAAAGCAGUCAUGGUUUCAUCUCUUAAAACACAGUGUGUAAAUUUAUUCAACUAAUGAUGGGAAAUGUAUCACUUCCAUGUACAGUGGACUUAAGUGCCAUUUGUUGAAAGGGAACAAGUCACUGAGAACAAAAAAGCCCAAUACUUAGAGUCCCAAUUUUGUCUUAUUUGCCAAAAAAAAUCAACAACGACAAAGCAAACCCCCUCUGGUUGAUAUUGUUAUAUUGUAUAUACUGUAUAAUAGGAAAGAGAAUUGAUGUAUCUUACUUUUUCAUUAUUUGCUAACCAAAGCUGUACAUUUUUCAUAUGAUCCACAGCCUUUUGGGUAUCUAAUGGGUCAAAACCAUGGGACCUGCCACCUCCCAUCAGCAGUUCUGGAAAUGCACUAUUUCUACUGGUAUUCUUGCUUUUUUUUCAUUUUCUUGCUGAAAUGACAUGAAUUGUUGAGUUUAUUUUUACACAGUAAAGAGUGAAGAAAGAC